GCAGCCUAGUUUACAACAAGAGGAAGAGGGAGGGAAAUAGAAAGAAAGGGCCGAGGAUUUCAAGAGCCUGAGAUUAAAUAAUGGAGUAAAGUGGGAUUUUAUGUUUCGAAGAAACAAUACGAGGACCUAUAAGGACCAAAGAAGCGCUUGUAUUAUCAAGUACUAUCCUAAGCGGACGAUGCGCACGGCAGUGCCUUUCACACGGAGCGGCUAGCGCUAACCUGCUGCAGACACGGAGCUCAACAUCGGCGUUCGUCUAUGAAUUUCGGGUUUUUAACGCUCUUUGUGUGGUUAUGAUUUUGCUCUUUAGUCUAGCCUUUCUCAGAGAGGAGGAAAAAUAAGCCGUGCCUCAUUUGUCUUCGGCAUUCUCAAAGAGUCAGGGGGUUCAUCGUGGUCGCGUUUUGCUGUUGUUUCAUCAGUCUAGCUAACGUCAGGUAGAGAGGCACAUUAAUUGGAGGGGCUACUGUACAACAGAUCGCUUACUUGAUGAUCACGAAGGGCUCUUUCUGAUGAUUUGCUCUACAAUCAUCUGAAUGUACAUUAUAGAAACUGGGUGAUGGAUGAAUGCACCACGGGCGACAUCUUCUUGUGUAGUAAACACUAACUUACGUCUCUGUUCAUGUGUAGGUACACUGGAUUGGUGCUGACCAAAUUACCAGGUUGAGACGGAUACCUGGAUCAUUUUGAGACGAUGGUCUAAGAAGUUGGCAGGCUGAUAUAACGCAUGAGAGCAAAGCAGAUUGGUCUGAAAGGCCAAACGUGUGAAUAUACGCCUUUGUAGUUCAGACAUGAGAUGAGAACAAUUGCGUUUCUUUCGCCAGAGUCUGAGGCGGGUGCACGACCAGGGGCGUUCCCGAGAGGCUGGCCCUAUCUGGAGCGAUGAACUUGAAGCUGCUUUUAAUCCAAGAUACUGUUAAACAUCUCUCCCCGAUAUCAUCUGUGAAUUAUCUUUUAAAACUGUACGGUAUAAGAAUAUAUAGCAAAGCCCACCUCGAAUCUGGCAUCACUAACUAUCACGUUUAGAUCGUCCCUCCUACUGCAGCGCAUGUCCUGCUCAACCCGUGUAGUGGUCCCUGUACGUCGGCUGAGCCCCACGAACAGCCGCAGAUCAACCUUUUACAUGACCCGAGAAGACUGCGCAGUUCCCAGGCAAAUGCUUUAAUCGAGGCCGCGGAUGGACUGGAGGCCUUGUUAACUCUUUUGUGCCCGUGCGGCAGUAGUAAUGUAAACAAACAGGGAGAGGGCACCGGGGGUAAGCAGACCAAAGGGAGGUGGAUUGCACUCUUCGAUUACGUUCACCAUUCCGAUAAUUACCCAAGGCACUGUUGAAUUUUACCUUUUGCGUUGAGAGGUCGAAAUUUUUUAUAAAUGUUUACAGUACAUUUUGUUCACUGGCAAGGUGCGUAUUAGAUUGCGGCAGUCUUGGUGGCGAAGACAAUUGAACCAUCUGACUUUUGCUUGCAUUGGAAGUGGACAUAAUGCCACGUUGUGAAGAUUAGGACAUGAAGCAGUAACAAUUGCGAUGACUCAAGCUUGUGAGGAUGUUACGGAUUUUAAACUGCUCACUACCUGGUACUGUGUUGAUUGUAACCGCAAAAGGUUAAAGGACACGUCUAUAUUCUGCUUCUGAGGAUCACAUCAGCGAUGUAUUCAUCAGAGAAUCCUCAGUAUCUGCGCCAGGGAUUAAGCAUGUUUGUAUGGACCAACGUAGAACCACGGUCUGUCCCAGUCUUCCCCUGGCAUUCAUUGGUUCCUUUUCUGGCACCAACCCAAUCAGACUCAUCUUCCCAGCCAGGAGAGGGUCAUCACCCAGUUAACCACCCCCAAGCUGUCACUCUAAAAACAGGAGCAGAAGUACAUGGGGUGGCAGCUCAGCCACAGGAGCCUGUAGAGGCCCCUCCCACCAUAGAAAGAGUUCCUCCAUCUCGGCCUCCCCCUUCUGCAGAGGAGCCACCUCCAGAGAAAGACAAGGGAGAAGCAGAGAGGGAGAGGCCAGACAGUGAAACGGAGAGCGAUGUUGAUGAUCCUUUUCUUCCUGGCGUUGUUCCUGAGCAACCUCUCUCUACAUCACCAGUGAAGAGACGUACACAGUCUCUUAGUGCGCUACCAAAAGAUGGAGAUAAGAAUAGCCCUGGAAAGAGAGAAAAGGACCAUAUACGACGUCCAAUGAAUGCAUUUAUGAUAUUCAGUAAGCGUCACCGAGCUCUAGUUCAUCAGCGUCAUCCAAACCAAGACAACAGAACAGUCAGCAAAAUUCUUGGAGAAUGGUGGUAUGCAUUAGGACCAAAGGAGAAACAAAAGUACCACGACUUGGCCUUUCAGGUAAAAGAAGCACAUUUCAAAGCCCAUCCUGAUUGGAAAUGGUGCAACAAAGACAGGAAAAAGUCUAGUUCUGAGGGUCGCGGGGUCCCAGGGGGCAAAGACAUAAGGGAGAGAAGCAUGUCAGAGUCCACAGAGCCUCAUUCUGUGGAGCUAAAAGGAGUGCCCCCAGGUUUAGUGGGUGUUUCUGAGAGGGGUGCAGUCGAGGGUCAUGGGAGUCAGCUCACUCGACCGCGAGCCUUUUCACAAAGUGCCAUGCACAGCCUGGAGCGGAGUGGCAGGGGCAACACGCAAGCUCUGGCAGAACUGGCACAGAUGUGUGGAGAGGGUGUUAAUCAGUUUUCAAGACAUGCUCCACCUUUGUCACAGUCCCAGCGUGGGGUCAGUGAAGACAUGACCAGUGAUGAAGAGCGGAUGGUCAUAUGCGAAGAGGAGGGAGAUGAUGAUGUCAUUGAGGACCCUUAUCCAAGCAGCUCCAUAGAUCUCAAAUGCAAGGAACGAGUAACAGACAGUGACAGUGAAAAUGGCUCUGGAGAUGAAACAGAAAGGAAGAGAGUCUUUGCCCCAGUCAUCUGCUCAUCAUCUACAGCUCACCCUACUCAUCAUGGCCGCAGUGUCUCCUUGUCCUCCUACCCAAGUAGUAGCAAGCGUUUUGAAGAAGCCAGGUCUUUCGGGGCAGGUUUUACAGAGCACAGACGAAAGGGUGGAGGUGAUGGAGAACAGACUAACCUUCUUUCUGCUGAAGGAAUAGGGCUCCCAAGUUCUUUCUCUGUGCCUGGCCAGUCUGCCAUCUCCAGUGCACCAGCUGCACCACCCCCUCCUUCAUCUACAAUGGGUCCAAGUUCAGCAUUAGGCAUUGGUGUUUCGAGAGCAGCCUCCACUAUGGUAACCAAUGUGAUGCGUCCUGUCAUCAGCACACCACUCCCUUUAGCCAGUAAGCCCAGAGAAGGAGGGACCACAUCAAGCCCACAUCCACCGGAAAAGAAGUCCGUGACCCCACAGCAGCAGCAGCAGGUCCUGAUUGGGCCAGGAUCUGCAAGUGGUGUUACUGCACUAGGCGGUGGGUAUUACUCUUCCUCAUCACCUAGUCCUAUUGGUGCAGGAGUAAGCCCAGGGAGUGUGGUCACUAAUCUGGUGUUAGGAGCGCCCCUACCUGGACAACCUGCUGUGCAGCUUAUCAGCCCCUCUCCUCAGCCCCCUCCUCCCCAGCAACAGCCACACCUUUCUAGUGCCACAUCAGCACAACUUAGUCAGAGCAAUGGGCCCCUGCCUGUGCCCAUACUUCAGCCCCAGUUCCUGCCUGCAUCUUCCCUUGCACCUACAGGGGGAAAGCCAAUCACCCAAGUUCAGUAUAUCCUGCCUACCUUACCUGCCAACCCCAACCCCAAGAGUCCACCUCAGCAACUUAGUCAGCCAACAAGUAUCUUCAACCUACCCACAGCUCCAUCUGCGCACACUGUCCUGACCAACGGAAAACAGCCCAGUUCAAGUUCACUGGCUGGAUAUACAUCAAGCCCCUCUGUGAGUGUUGUCAGCCCAGGCACCAGAGUGCAAACCCAGUCUCCAGUGCUCCAGAAUAAAAUGCUUGUUCCCAUGGCCACAGUACGAACUGCACCGGCCCCUGCCCAGCAGUUUCCUAUUGUGGCGCCACCUCUUCCUGUUCAGAAUGGUGCCCAGGCAGGAAGCAAGUUAAUACAGAUAGCCCCGAUGCCUUUAGUUCAGCCUGGGCUUCCUCAGGGCACAGCAGUCCAACCUCCUAAUCCUUUUCCGGUCACAGUUGGUCCAGCUACAGUGGUAGCUCCAAAUACAGGCCCUUCCCAGACUGUGCUUCUUCCACCAGGGUCUAACAGAAUUACCUAUGUCCACUCCACACCGGGGGUCCCUUCCACGCUGCCUUUGGUCUCCACAACAACAGGUUCACCACCCUCCCAUCAGCCCCUACCCGGAUCUGCAUAUGUUCCAUCACCCAUAGCAACACUGGGCUUCACAGCCAUCGCACCACCUGGACAGACCCUGGUUCAGCCUUUGAUAGCAGGUCAGCCUCCAAUCCUCACAACAGCUCAGUCUCCACAACCCUCCACUUCAGUUCCCGCUUCGGGCAAUGGAGGGCAAGUCGUCACUGCCAUCUACCCUUCUUCACCUAGUGUUUCCAUGGCAACAGGGGUGGUCUCCGCGACGGCAGCACCCCCUGGUGCAGUCUCCAGCCCUUGCAACACGUCCUCUCACAACUUGCCUAAGCACACACCUACGUCCAUCACUGUAACCCCCCCACAAGCAGACAGAGACCGGGGUCCAGAUGGACCAGGUGAAAAACCUCCUGAGAGGCAGACAGAAGUGCUGACACCUUUAGACCAACAGCCACAGUCCUCCAGUGUCAGCAGCACAAUAGCACCCCCCAGUGGCUCUACUAUUCCCAUCAGGUCCACUAGUCCCCAGCAGCAUAUUCAAACAUCUGUUGGUACUACAGGAACAUCAAAGCUCAUCCAGCUUCCACUUAGGGCUCCUCAGAAAGUAAAGGCUACUGUGGCUACCAUUCCUGUAGGUAGCUAUGAAGGAGGAGGUCGAGGCAAGGAGAGAGAGAAAGACCGAGAGAGGGAACGAGAGAGGGAACGUGAAAAAGAGGAGAGGGAGACGGCAGCCAGCAGCCUGUUCUCUUUUGAUACUGAGCCCCCAACACAAAGCAGCUCGCCCUCUCCUCAUCCUGCUGAAGAACCCUCCUCUGAUCGACCUCCAGAGGGCUCUAAUACAGCAGACAAUGAAAACAGAAACAAGGACUGCCCAACCACCAAAGAGGGUGGAUGGAAGGAAUCCAUUCCCUCAUCUCCUUUACCUCCACCAUUAGCUGCUGAGCCCAGCCUGCCUCCUCCACCAAGCGAUAAAGAGGUUCCUACUCCCAAAAAGAUUAAGGCACGCCCACCCCCUUUAAAAAAGACCUUUGACUCUGUGGACAAGGUGCUGUCAGAAGUGUAUUUUGAAGAGCGUUUUGCUGAGCUGCCUGAGUUUCGGCCUGAAGAGGUCCUCCCUUCACCAACCUUACAAAGUCUGGCCACGUCACCUCGUGCUAUUCUGGGCAGCUACCGGCGCAAACGGAAGAACUCUACAGAUUUGGACUCUGCUCCUGAUGAACAAGUCUCCCCAAAGAGAAAAAGCAGAAGGCGUUCGAGCUGUAGCUCGGAGCCUAACACGCCUAAAAGUGCUGCCAAAUGUGAGGGAGACAUCUUUACCUUUGACAGAGCAGAGGGAGAGGAUAUCUUGGCAGAACUUGAGUUUGAAAAGGUGCCAUACUCUUCCCUGAGAAGAACGUUGGACCAGAGAAGAGCACUGGUGAUGCAGCUUUUCCAGGAGCAAGGCUUCUUUCCAUCUGCUCAAGCCACUGCAGCCUUCCAGAGCAGAUAUUCCGAUAUAUUCCCAACCAAGGUGUGUCUGCAGUUGAAAAUAAGGGAGGUCCGGCAGAAGAUCAUGCAGACGGCCACACCCUCUGACACUCCAGGUUUAGGUUUGCCCGACUUUGGCUCAAACCCUGGACCUUCUGGCUCUCAGUCGGGGGAAGGGUCUGGACGAGGGGACCUGCAGGACGAGGAGUUAGAGCAUGGAGCUGACGCUGGUGUGGAGGAGCCGCGUGAUUCCCAGGACUCCUCCAGGUGAGGGAGUGACCAACAGCCACUACUGUCACUCCACUCUCACCUGCUCAUGUUUGAAUUGGUCAGCAGCCUGGAUUUCAGAGUUCAAGAGACUUGUAUGCAAAAGAAACAACUUUUAAAGGGACUUCCUUGUACCAAAAAGGACAUGAGUGGCAGUGGCUCUAACAAUGCCACACACACACACACACCACCAUUAUGGACCUCCAUCUCUUUAUUUCAGACUUGAAUUAGCACUCUGUGAUGACCACCAUGGUGAAAUCCUCAUCAAAGCCAGUAAACCAAGGCCCAUUAUGUACAGCUACAGAUUUGCUUCGAAGAAAGUGUGUGUCAUGCUGGAGUAGGAGACCUGCCUUGUCUGUUCAGAGACACAAAAAGCAUUUUGGAAAAUAAAUACGUAUGUUUUCAUGUUUUGUUUUUUUUUUUGUUUUUUUUAUAAUGGUAGAGGAGUAAUUGCAGUAAGCUGCUGCUUAUGGAACAACUUGUAUUUUAAGUGUUGUACACUCAUCUGCUGACAUUAGGGGGCUGGGCCCUCAGCAGACAAUUUCAAUUGUGCGGCGUUUGCUUUGAACUUGGAAGGAUCCCUUCCAUUUUAGUGUUUGUAGACCACUAAGCUGGUCUGUUUUAAGUGACUGAAGAUAUAACGGUUUAAAUGGACUCCUGGCUGUGCCAUCAUUCCUGCAAUUUACCAUCUGGCCAAGUCUGACCCUAGCACAUGCCAGUAGGGAGGAACACGCAUUCCUGUGCCUCUUAUUCACUAGCCUAUGAAAGGAGGGGUUAGGGUUAAUGGCACAUCCUGGCUCUUAACGAGGGUUGACUUGUUGGACUUUAAUUCUCUUAUGCCAAGCUGUUUUAUUAACUUUUUAAUUAUUUUUUCUAUUGAACAUUGCCAUUAUUGAGUUUGUUGUAUUCCUACAACUGUACCCACGCUGUUCUUUAUGUUGAAUCUUCCCAAGUUCUGUUUGCAUUGUGUGCAGGUGUUGCCUUAUGCCUGCUGAUUCCUGUAGUUAAAAUAACAUUCCCCUCCGCACCUGCCUUGUUCUCCAACUGUAGUCUUCCCUUGACUGGCCUCAUCUCAUCAGGAUUUGUAUUGAUUUCAAUGGGGAACAGAUGUGAGAAGGACCUAGUGCUAAUUCAACAGUAAUAAGAAGUACAUUUUUACUACAAAAGCAUAUAUGCAUCUCUAUUCCUUGAAGGUUGGAUACUACAGUUGCAGCACUUGUACAUCUCCUUCCUCCACCGCUUUCCUUUCCGCUUCCUCCUUUUGUCACUUUAUUGCUCUCUCCACUCCUGGCCUUUCCAUUUGGGUGGACUGAAAACGAGGGGUUGCGGAAAGGGGUUAACCCUUAAGGAAAGCUGGUAGGAUCUAAUACUGGUUGUGUCUUUGUGCAAGACUUGGUAGUGUUGUAAAUAAUUACUGUAGAGUCAGUAGACUCGUAAUAUUAAGGAAAAUAAAUCUGUCAUUGAGCAAGUUAACUUUUAAGACCCAACUAUUGGAGAAUUAAAAACACAUGAAAUGGAAAAAAAUAAUUACUAUUCAUGUUUUGUGUUAUACUCCUUGUUUUGCUGUUCCAGUAAGCAAGAGUUUAUAUAAAUAAUUUAAGUUUGUAUCUGUAUCUUUCAGUAUACAAAUAAAAGGUGUUUAAUUGAAA